AUGACUUCGUGGGUGGGUGUUCGCUCGACGGUGACGUCGACGCAGCUCGACGCCGUCGCCCGCGCUAUCCGGACCACGCCAAUCAUCGACAACCAUGCGCACCCGCUGCUGAAGCCGGAAUCGCUGGGCAAGCACCCGCUGCUGUCCAUCACGACAGAGGCGUCGGGCGAUGCCAUUGAUGCGACGACGGCCUCGCUGCCCCAUAUCCGUGGCGUGCGGCAGCUGGCGACGGUCCUCAAGUGCGGCUUCAACUGGACGUCGGUCGUGGCCGCUGUCGAGGAGAAGCGCGUCGACUCGUAUGAAGACUGGACCGCCGAGUGCCUCGACGGCAUCGAGACCAUCCUCAUAGACGACGGCCUCGAUAAUGGCGACGACGCCCAGACAUGCUCGUGGCACGAUGACUACACGCGCAGCAAGUGCAAGCGCAUUGUGCGCGUCGAGAAGGUCGCUGCCGAGAUCAUCAAGAAGCUGGGCAGGGCCUGUGAUUCUUCGAGCCAACCCGACGUUGUCGACGAUGCAUUUGAUGAGUUUCUCCAGCGGUUCGACGCUCACGUCCUCGCCGCCAUCGAGGACCCCGACGUCGUGGGCUUCAAGUCGAUCAUCUGCUACCGCACCGGUCUUGAUAUCAAAGCUGUCGACGAGGAUGCCGCGCGCGAGGCCUUUGGCGAGAUCAUCUCCAACUUUACUCUCCUCGGCUUUGAUCGUCUAGAGCAGGAGAGCCUCAACGACCUCGUGGUCCAUCGCACCGCCAGCCUGAUCCGUGACUGUGCCUCGCGGCAGAAGAAGCCCUUCCAGUUCCACACUGGCCUUGGGGACAACGACCUCACCAUGUCCAAGGCAUCCCCCUCCCACCUGCAGGAUUUCAUCCGCGCCUUCCCGACGGUUCCCAUCGUUCUCCUCCACGCCAGCUAUCCCUUCACCCGCGAGGCUGGGUACUUGGCGUCCGUGUAUGAAAACGUGUACGCCGACAUUGGCGAGGUGUUCCCGGCCCUCAGCCAAGAAGGCCAGGAGCAGGUUCUACGGCAAAUCUUGGAGCUCUGCCCGUGGACCAAAAUCUUGUGGAGCAGUGAUGGCCAUUGGUUUCCUGAGACAUAUCUGCUCGCCAUCCUGCAGAUGCGUGAGGUGUUCGAGACGGUUCUGUCUGACUAUGUUAGAAGAGGCCACGUCGGUUGGAAGGCAGCGAUCGAGCUCGUGCGAGACGCUCUGUUCAUGAAUUCGAACAGGCUGUACCACUUGGGCCUCCAGUUCUCCGAGCUGCAGGAGGAAUCUGAAGCGGACUUAGGACCGUUCCCAAGCGACGUUGAGCUUCUACAGGUCUUUCUGAAGAACCAGUCUGCGCCAGAUUUCGUCAGGAUCUGCUGGAACGACUUCACGGCGAGCCCCAGGAUGCGCAUGGUGCCGUUCAGAAAGUUCAUGUCGUUGCUCAACGAGGGCAAGUCUACCGACAUUGGCAUCACCAAGGCCGUUUUCGGCUUGCUUCAGAACGACAAGCUGCUGCCGAGCGUUCCAGCGACGGGCGAGUACCGCUUGCACCCUGACUUCUCGUCCUUGAUGAAGGGCCCAACCGAGGGACAUAUCAGCAUGUACGCGGAAUUCCGCGAGCAUAGCGGCGCAAGGGUGCCUCUUUGCCCUCGAUCGCUGCUCCAGCGGGCCGUGGAGCUUGGGCUUACGCAUGGAUUGACCUUUCUCCUAGGCUUUGAAAUUGAAUUCAUGCUUCUCGACCGCGUCGACGAUAGUACAGCAACCCGAUAUGCGACUCUCGCAACCGACGGCCACGCCUGGUCAGUUGCGCGGUACUUUGCAGACCCCAAGGUGUCGCAGCUGCUGCGCGACAUGGUUUCGGAGCUUGAUGACAUGGGUAUUUAUGUCGAGCAGCUUCACGCUGAGAGCGCCACGGGCCAGUUCGAACUGAUCCUCCCUCCGCUGCCGCCCAUAGCAGCAGUCGACACGCUACUACAUACGCGAGACGUCAUGUUCGCUCUGGCUACGGCAGCUGGCUUCAAGAUUACGCUGCACCCAAAGCCACUCACGAACGCCUGUGGUACCGCUUCGCAUGCGCACAUGUCUAUCUCGUCGGUGACCGGUGCCGACCCUAAAGUCUACGAACCGUUUUACGCAGGUGUGCUUAAGCACCUCCGCGGCAUCACGGCAUUCACGUACAGCAAUCCCGCCAGCUUCGAGAGGCUUUCCGAUAGUUCGUGGGCCGGCGGCCGCUGGGUAACGUGGGGCACGCAGAACCGCGAGACGGCGCUGCGCAAGAUUGAGGGCUCUCAUUGGGAGUUCAAAUGCAUGGAUGGCCUGGCAAACCCCUAUUUUGCCAUGGCGGCCGUACUGUUUGCGGGAAUCCACGGUGUUGCCGCUAAGGAGCGUCUCGUGUGGGGAGACUGCGAGAUUGAUCCGGCGAGGCUGACCGCCAACGACCGCAAGGAGCUCAACGUCUCGCAGAUGUUGCCCGCCAGCGUUGACGAGGCGCUCGCCGCCCUCAAGGCCGACGACGACUUGGUCAAAUACCUCGGCCCGGAGCUAGUGGAGCGCUACACGGCGGUCAAGGAGUUUGAGUGCGCUUUCCUCCGCGACAUGGGCGACGAGGAACGCAGGCAGUGGAUCAUGGAGCGGUACUAA